CAUUAUUGUAUGGAGUAUUCAGAGACUGUCAUGUUCCUCUUCGUGAUUCUGGGGCUGCUGGUCUGCACUGAGGCACAAGCAGCAGAGCGUCCCUCCAUAAUGACCCCCGGUACCUGCUGCACCUCUGGUUGAAAACACAAUGAACAUCCCCAUCGCCUCCAUCCUGCGGGGCCUGGGAGGAAAAUGUCUUCUCAACUGGGCGCUGGUGUUCUUCCAGAGGAAACACAUCUGCCGAAGCUUCCUGGGAGUUUUCAGUGUGUCCCUGGCUGUCGCCGACACACUCCUGACCCUCUCCGUCACCGCCCUGCACCUCCAGGCUGAGGGACACCUGCUGGGCUUAAAGCUGACCCGGUACCAUGUGUGUCUGCUGGUUCAGAUCCUUGGAGAAGUCUACAGCGCUCUGCAGUGGCCGGUCGCAGUCCUGGCCGGUUUGGACCAUUUCUUCUCCAUCUCUCGGAGGUGGCAGGCCUCCAGCAGGUUGAGCCUCUUUGUGAGUGGCCUGCUGUGGAUCCUCUCUGCUCUCUACGUCUUCCUGCUGUCUGACUUCAGGCCCGUCAUAGAGGAAGUGUUUCACAUCCAGAUCCACCAGUGCUGGAUCUUCCACACCUCUCAGAUCCUGCACAUUGCUACGUCUCUCCUCCUGAUUUUGGGCUGUGCAGCGUUGCAUGCUGGAUGCCUGACAUUAAAACAUCCUCCUUUAAAAGAUCAAACUACAGACCAAAGUAGAGCUCACUCCAGAAGAAGUUUUGUUCUCCAGACCCUGCAUAUAUUUCUGAACACAUGGGCUCUGUUCCUGGUGAUUCUGGCCGUGCUCCUCCUGCUGCUUGUGGGAAUCCCUGCCCACCUGGGCCUGAGCGGCGCCUGGCUCUGCUUCCUCAACAGCCUCCUGAUAGCAGUGGUUUUAUGUGCAGUCUGUCCCGCCUCACAGCUGGGGCAGGGCUGGGGGGCCAUGCCCCACGACAGCUUCUGUGAGUGGAGAUCUACAUUUAGCCUGGCUUCGGAGGACAGAGCCUGACCACACAGGUAAACAAAAACAGGUCUUGUGUUGGAAGAUGUGGACUUAACUCUUGAGACCUCAAUGUGGACAUGUUUGGUCAGACCACUACUUUGGCUAUAAUAAUAACAAUAACAAGAUGGUAUUGUUCAGAGAAAUCCAUGAAUGAAUCCUAAAGACUUUGCUUAGCCCCUGACUUUAAUUUAUUUUUAAUACUAAAUGUUUUGAAUUUAUUUUAUAAACAGCUAAUAAAGUGAUUAAUUAAAGGAUGAAUUGUUUGUUAAAAUAAGAAUUGUCCAUGUCUAUUGAAUCAGUGUGGGUGGGAUGCUGCCAUUGUUUCACAUAGUUGACCGUUAGCGUUUUGUGGCAGAAUGGGCUUCUGGAAGCUUCUACUGUAUCGGGAACUAGAAUAGAGGAGGAUUUGAGGACCUCUUGAUAUUGUCAGCUGACACAUUUACAUUUACAAUUGUGCAAGAUGCAGUCAUGCAACUUUGCAGAUGUUUAAAAUGAGAUUAGAAGAUUGAUUUUAAAGAUGGGUGUGGUCCAAGCGAGGGCGCCAGAAGGAGAUGUGUGAGGAAGAGGCCCCCGACCCAAUUUGGCUGAGUCUGGUCCCAGGAAGGGAGGAGUAGUCACCCCGGGAGGAAGGAGUGCAACCCGGCCGCAGGCAGACGCGCAGCGGCGGCGGGCACGAAGUCCUCAGCAGGCGUUGAGGUAUCCCCGGGAAGCAGGAGAGCAACCCCGGGAGGAAGGAGAGCAACCCGGCCGCAGGCAAACGCACAGCGGCUGCGGGCACGAAAUCCUCGGCAUGCCUUGAGGUAUCCCCGGAGGCAGGAGCAGCCACCCCGGGAGGAAGGAGAGCAACCCGGCCGCAGGCAGACGCGCAGCGGCGGCGGGCACGAAGUCCUCAGCAGGCGUUGAGGUAUCCCCGGGAGGAAGGAGCCGUGGACAGAUGAGAGGCCAGACAGGGUCCCGGAGCGCACCACCCAUGUGCCGAUGGAGCAUGAGCGACGUCCGGAACUGUCGAGGCGAAACGGGGUCCAGGAGUGCGCCACCCAGGCGCCGAUAAAAACGUGAGUGGCGUCUGGAACCGCCGUCGAGGUGGUGAAAAAGGUGAGAGUGUCCACGCGAGGUCAACCGGCUGGUCGAACCUCUUCUCGGGCACCGGAAAAAAAAUUGUUAACAGUCAGAUGUUAACAGAAAUACGUCGACAGCCGUUAACAGCUAGCCGUUAGCCGCUAGCUGGCAGCCAUGGGUAGCUGCUAGCCGUCAUUAGCCCCUCGUGGUUAGGAAGAAACAAACCCACGAGGUAGCAAUCGGGUUGCUGGUCGACCCAGCAGGUCAUGCAUCGUCCCCCUGUUGGAUGGAAGGCUGAUGCGGGAAUGGCGAGCAACGUCCCCAGCUCUUCUGCGGGGCGCGCACCACGCCUCAGUCCGCGUGCCGGUGGCAGCCACGGACGAGUCCAAAAAAUCCCCGGCAUUUCGAGAAAAAAACGUGCGUUCUUUUUGCCGUGUUCGGGUCCGUCCCGGAAACUUCUCGAGACUUUUUCAGGGUCACCAGUGUAGUGCCGAGAGAUAGGGAGUCAGAGGCGGUGCAAUGAAGGUGCAAAAGGGAACUUUAUUAGAGAGUAACUCAGGUCAUGUUGUCCGGUUGCAGUCCGGGAAGAAGAGAGAGAAGCCAGGAGGGCACACAACAUAUAUAGACAACACCUAACAUGUCCGUGUGGAAACAAAACCCCAACUGUAGUUCCAUGUAGGAAUUAUACCCCAGUGUAUUAAUAGGUGGUCACCACAAAGUGUACAAUAUAUAUCACAAGACGUUCUAAACAUUGUAAAGUGUAUCAAAACUGUGUUUAUCUACAACCGUUACAACCUGCUUGAUGCAGCAAUUAACAAUCUAAUGUCAUAAUGUAUAUUUAAUUAUGUAUAUCGCAUAUGGAGAAUUCUUUUUUUGUACUUUGAGUGUAGUGGCUGUCAGCACUUUGUCAGCAGAAUAUACCAUGCAUCUGUGUUGAACUGUAAUUCUUAUGGACUUUUUAACAGGAAUGAAAUUGCUUGUCCCAAAUAAAACCAGUAGGUGGCAGUGGAGGUCUGACCUGUUGCUUUUAUUAGCUUCAGGUUUGUUCGGAGAACCCUGUCUUGAAGAAGUACUCCAAUGUUUCAGACCUUAAUGGAUUAUUACUAAAGGAAGACGCCAACGGCCUUUUAUCAAAGAAGUGCUUUAGUUUAAAAUAUGAAAGUGUCUGGAAUAAAAUAAAAUAAGUGCCAUCAUU